GUAGCAUUGGUUUCUCAUUUGUUUUCUCUCUCUGUCGAAGUUAUAUUCAACUGAAUGGCAUCUACUUCAGAUUUUAACACAGGGCGUCGGCCAGAGAAUGAGAAUGCCUCUCAAGAAAUUCCAGCAACUCCAUCUGCUCCAGCUACUUAUUCAGUGGUAAGCCUAUUUUCAUCCUGCUUUGAUUGGUGUUCUCGCUUCUUUUCUACGCUUUUAGAUCAGCCCAAUUCUGUGGCAUCUGCAUCCACCACAAUUUGUCAAUCACAGAAUGAGCUUACAGAUGCUUUUCAAGGCAUGGCACCAUAUCCAUUAUCUUCUGGCAUUAAAAAGCCGCCCUACGAUAUAUUUAUUAAUCAUCGUGGCCCCGAUGUGAAAAAGACGCUGGCAACCACUCUCUACAAUAUCCUAAAUGGCAUGGGCUUAAGGGUUUUUCUAGAUUCAGAAGAGCUUGAAUUGGGGGAUUCCUUACCUAAAGAAUUAGAAGAAGCAAUGCGCAGUGCUUCGCUCCAUUUAGCAAUAUUUUCCAAGAAUUACGCCCAAUCCCCAUGGUGUUUGGCAGAGCUUUCGUUUAUGCUCAAAACUGGCACCCAAAUUGUACCUGUUUUCUACCAUAUACAACCUGAUGAUGAUGUCCGAUAUGCUAGAGGAGCCUUUGCUGAUGCAUUUAGCAAGUACGAAGUGAAGAGUAGGCAUACGCCAGAAAAGCUUCAGGAGUGGAAGAAUGCACUCUACCAUGUUUCCUAUAUUACCGGUCACAUUGUGGAUACAGAGGAUGACGAGGUAGGGGUGCUCAAAAAUAUUGUUAAUUGUGUUUUGAAAGUUAUGAAAACUGUGCCCUUUGUGGUCGCCAAACAUCCAGUCGGCUUAGAUGAAGCAGUAAAUGACUUUGAAAGGGCAACAAUUCAAUCUGCAGAAAACAAUCAUCGUGUGCAAAUUGUGGGAUUAUGGGGCAUGGGUGGCUCCGGCAAAACCACUCUUGCCAAACAUUUUUAUAACAACAAAUAUAAAACUAUGGAAAGGUUUGGUUUUCUAUUUGACGUUAGAGAAGCUGCUGCUAAAGGUGAAUUACAUAACAAGCAGAAAGAACUACUGGAGGGCCUCGGUCUGAGAGGUGUACAAGUUAACAGUAUAGAAGUGGGGAAAGAUAUGCUUGCUAGCGAAUUAAGAUCUGUUCGAGUAUUGAUAGUGGUGGAUGAUGUGGACGAUGUGGAACAACUGGAUGCACUAUUGCCUAACACGGACAGUCUUGGAUGGGGUAGCUUGGUUGUAGUCACAACAAGAGAAUUUGAAGUGCUUAGAUCUUGGGGCAUUUCCACAGUUUAUAAAAUGAAACCACUGGAUCCACAUUAUGCUGAACAACUUUUUUGCUGGCAUGCUUUCUUACAAUCAUCACCAUUUCAAGGGUUUGAGUCUUUAGUAAAAAGCUUUCUAAAUGUUUGUGAUGGAUUACCAUUGUCUUUAAAGAUUUUUGGAGCACAGUUAUAUGGCAAUUCCAGCAAAGAUUAUUGGAAGCAUCAAUUAGAUAAGAUUUCCAGAAUACUACCUAAAAAUGUUAUAGGAAGGUUAAAAGUAAGUUAUGAUGCUUUAGAUGAUGAAGAAAAAGAAAUAUUUUUAGAUAUUGCAUGUUUUUUCAUUGGAGAGAAAAAAAAUUUGGUCAUUAAUGUUUGGGAUGGAUAAAAGUGGAAUGGUCUACACUGUUGGGAAAGGCUAUUCAAUAAGUGCCUUGUUGAACUUGAUGAUAAUGAUCAUAUAAGAAUGCAUGACCAUUUAAGAGAUUUGGGAAGAGAAAUUGCAAAUCAACAGUCACCUUACCGUCUUUGGUUUCCACACCAGAUUAUUAAAAUUUAUAAUCAAACACAGAGUAUCCGCAUUCGAGGAAUAUCAUCUACAACAGCUGGAUCCACAAGUGGGUCUGAGGAGUUUCCACGAUGUUCGCUGGGUGGGG